AAUAUUUCCAUAGAUGUAUUCUUGAUAUGAUAAGUGCAGAAAUUCUAAAUAAAAGCAACAAUUUCGAUCAUAAAAACUGUCAUAAAAUAUAAUUUUCAAGUAUAAUCCUGGAAAUGAACAUCGAGAAAUAAACUCAAGAUGAAUUGUAUCACAUACGUAGUUACAGUAGCUCUGUUUUUACAUGGUAGUUCUCCAUUGAAUCCUGCCCCGAUUUCUUCAAAUCCGAUUUCUUGCGUUGAUGGAGAUGUAACAGCGAACUUGUUGGACUGUCACAGUUUUUUAAUCUGCGUCGAUGGUCAAUGGACGGGACCUAUCGAUUGCCCGACCGAUUUAUAUUGGAACGAACAACAAAAAAGUUGUGUAGAUCUGGAAGACUCUGACUGUGAUGAUGCUGUCACUUCCACUUCUACCUCUACUAGUACUACUACUACUAUCUCUUCUACUACAACUGCUCCUACAACUACCACAGCCUCUUCUACUACAACUGCUCCUACAACUACUAGAGCCUCUUCUACCACAACUGCUCCUACAACUACUACAGUCUCUUCUACUACAAAUGCUCCUACAACUACUACAGCCUCUUCUACUACAACUGUUCCUACAACUACUAGAGCCUCUACUACUACAACUGCUCCUACAACUACUACAGCCUCUUCUACUACAACUGCUCCUACAACUACUAGAGCCUCUUCUACUACAACUGCUCAUACAACUACUACAGCCUCUACUACUACAACUGCUCCUACAACUAUUACAGCCUCUACUACUACCACAGUUACUUCCGCUACAGAAGAUCUCAAUAUGUUGUGUGAUACGGAACUAGAAUACUUUGCUGAUCCAGCUGAUUGCAGAGGAUUUUAUCAAUGCGUAGAAGGAACCAAACAACACGAAUAUUGUCCUGAUAAUUUACUAUGGAAUGUUCGUGUUCAAGCUUGCGAUGUGGAAUCUGAUUGUUCGCAAGUAACUGCAACCCCAGGAAAACUACUCGCAGGUUCAAAGGAAAUUGUAUAAAUAUAUUAGUUUAAUAUGCAAUUGUUUUGAAAGCUUUCGAAAAAUAAACGUCAAUUGUUAAA